AUGCCUGGCCAUCUCCGCACUCGCUUAAAGCGCGUCCUCACUGCUGGCUCACACAAGAAUGCAAAACCAGAGGAGCCCGAGUCGGAUUUCUACAAGCCUGGAGAGAAGAUGCCUCCCCUCAAGUACCGUCGCGCCGUCGACCCCGAACACAAGAAAAAGCUCGAGGCUUUCAGCUUUUCGACUGCAUGGCGCCGCCACAGCAACGCCUCACUGUACUCACCCAUGGGUAGCAGGCUACCGAGCCGCAGGAGCAGCUUUAGGAGAAGAAGCCGCAGCCGUAGUAUGCACCGAAGUCGGAGAGGAAGUUGCUCUUCCGACUACGAUGCUGAAGAGUGGGUAGACAGCGGCAUCGGAGCGAGCAUCGCCGGUGACGACAGGCCGGCAAACAUCAAGGAGGCGUCUGACGACGAAGGAGAUGUGCUCAAUGUGGGCCUCUCCCGUAAUCCAACCGAAGACCCUCGCGACGCCCGCCGGAAACAAUCACAAGGCGCUCGCCGCUCCAGCUCCGUCCAGCUCCAACAGCCUUCGAGACCCGCUACUGGCUCAGACCGCACUCGCAACCCCUCGCAACCUUUCUCGCCCGAAGAACUCGAGAUCGCACUACAAAGGUCGCAUCUCGAGGCCACAAAAGAGGAGUCGGACAAGAGUGCCAGCGAGAGUCCAUUCGAGGACUUUGACGACCCAAGCCCUUUCCUGAGGCCGCGUGGUGGAUCCAUCUACGUACCAUACAACGGCCAAGGCACGCCUCCAAAGCUGCCCUUCUGGGGCACUGCAUACCCCUCGUGCGACGACGCACCGUCCAGAGGCCAUUUCUCGAGACGGGCAUCGGUUUUCCUAGAAAAUGAAGACGGCUCUUGCACCCCGCAGUACGAUCGCCGCGAAUCUUUCUUCGUCCCAAUGAACGCCCCGGGCCUGACGCAAGCACGUCAGAUCUCCGUCUCCGAUUCCAGCUCCGCUGAGGACGAGUGCGUAUGUCCGCCUCAAGUUGCCGAAGCUCCGCAACGCAAACCCCAGCCUUGCGCUCCUUGUGACGCCAUUGCCGCGAUCCUCGCGAGGCCUGAUUGA